AAAGUAAGUAAACAUGGUAAAUCAGCAUACAAACGUAUCCGUUACAAUGUUGUGAUGGUUUUAACUUCCAACGCGCAAAGCUACUUCAAUUUAGUUACGAGUGUGUCAUAUAAUUUAACGGCAACAAAUGUAUAAGUAUUCGCGUAACAUUGAAACAAGAACUGGUACCAAGGACACGACAAACAUGACAUUUAUUUUAAAACUUAUGUCAUGGAAACACGUAAUAAAAAGAGUACUUUUACCAGUAAAUCAUUUAAUGGUUACACCAACUUUCGAAUUCCACACGUCAAAAUAUUCUUUUCAUGGUGAAUAUGAAUGGGAAGAUCCAAAAUCGGAAGCUGAUGUUGUAAAUGUAACGUUUAUUGAUAAAACAGGAAAAAGGAUACCUGUAAGAGGAAAAGUGGGAGAUAAUGCAUUAUAUCUAGCUCAUAGAUAUGGAAUUGAAAUGGAAGGAGCUUGUGAAGCAUCCCUUGCUUGUACUACAUGUCAUGUAUAUGUACAUCAUGAUUAUACAGAUAAAUUGCCAGUAGCUGAAGAAAAAGAGGAAGAUUUAUUAGAUCUAGCACCAUUCUUAAAAGAAAAUUCACGAUUAGGUUGUCAAAUUAUUUUAACGAAAGAUUUGGAUGGCAUAGAAUUAGAAUUGCCACAAGCAACAAGAAAUUUCUAUGUUGAUGGUCAUACGCCAACUCCACAUUGACAUAUAUCGUAUUUUAUAUUUAAGUAUGUAUAUAUUGUAUUUAUAUAAUUAAUAAAAUACUUAUGUGUAUAUUACAUACAGGAUUAAUUAAAAACAUCCUAAUUUAGUAA